AUGACCAUCAGGAACACUCUGCGGGACCACGGCCAGCGGUACCGACCCCGGAUGGCUUGUCUCAAGAAGGCGGAGAAGGUGCUGCUGGAGAUGCAGGACCCCAAAGCAGGAGUCAAGUCACAGCUGCAGAGACUGGUUAUCACCACGAUACCCCACGCCAUUACUGGUGAAGACAUCAUCUCCUGGUUGGCGGACCGAUUCCAAAUAGACGCACAAGAGGCGAGGAGUGUGGGCUCCAUGCUGGUGGCGUUGGGAUACAUCUAUCCUCUGCAGGACCACAAACGCCUGGUGAUCAAACCCGACGCGUCGCUCUACCGCUGCCAGACGCCGUACUUCUGGCCCACGCAGCAGUGGCCUGUGGAGGACACGGAUUACGCAAUCUACCUGGCGAAAAGAAACAUACGCAAGAAAGGAAUCCUGGAGCUGCACGAGCAGGAGCAGUACAACCGCCUGCACAAGUGGAUGAAUCACAAGUGGGAUUUCAUAGUGAUGCAGGCGAAGGAACAGUACAGGGCGGCUAAGGAGAGGAAGAAACCCGACCGUGUGGUGUUUGAAUGCCAGGAGAGAGCGUACUGGGUGGUUCAUCGACCUCCGCCGGGGACGGUCAGUGCCAUGGACUACGGGCUGGACAGACGAAUCGACCCGAAUGGAGACGAGGCAACAACCCCAGACUUCUACGAGAGAAUCAUGAUCUUCACCCAGCAGGCCAUCAUGAGGCCCAGGGUCAAGUCGUCCGUGUCCAUCGGAGCGUUGGUGAAACACUGCGCCACCUACAAAAGCCACGACCCCUUCCUCUCCUCGUGUCUUCCCAGUAACCCCUGGCUCACCGACGACGUCACCUACUGGAACCUGAACAUGCCCAAUGUGGAAAUCCCGACUAAAAUGCGCGUGGAGAGGUGGACGUUCAGCUUCGGAGAUCUGCUCUCAGACCCGAGGGGGCGGGACGACUUCAGACUCUUCCUGAGGAAAGAAUUCAGCGGUGAGAACUUGGCAUUCUGGGAAGGUUGCGAGGAUUUGAAGUGGGGCGCCGCUGCCACGAUGAGAGAGAAAGCAGAACAGAUCUACAAGGCCUUCCUGGCUCGUGGUGCACCGCGCUGGAUCAACAUCGACGGGAAGACGAUGGAGAUUACAGUCAAGGGCCUGAAGCACCCGCACAGAUACGUCCUGGAUCCGGCCCAGACUCACAUCUACAUGCUCAUGAAGAAGGACUCGUUCGGGCGCUACAUGAAAUCUCCGGUCUUUAAAGACACGUUGAAGAAGUCCGUCUGUCCUGAGGAGCACAAGUUCACGGACACUCAGCUGGAGCAGAAUGCGAAGAACAGACGACCGAGCGCCAGCCCCAUCGUCCUCCGGCAGCAGGACCAGGAGAUGAAGGCCAAGAUGGCGGCCAACGCCCCCGUGGACAUCACACAGCUGUGCCGCUACACCACCCCUGUCCCCCACCUUGCUGUCUACUCUGGUUUCAACGACUCCCCCCCUCACGACGCCUCGCCCUCCUUCCCUUUCCUGGCCCACACCCCGGCCUGCCCGUCCCCCAUCAGCGUGGCCUUGGACAGCACCUCGGCGUCCGAGCGGCGAGCGGAGGCCAGUGAGGGAGAGAGAGGGGGGGACCCGGAGGCCCAGGGCCCCUCAGGUGGGAGCUCGUCCAAGUCUCGGAUGCCGCUGUCGCUGCGGCGCCUGCUGAAGCGCGGCUGCACCCCCGCCACCGUGUUCGCCAGCUUGUCGCCGAAAUACCACUCGGCUGCCGGGGCGAGUAGCCGCAUCCAGCCAAUCAGCCCCGAUCAGCCCAGUCAGGCUCCGCCCAGACGGAUCGGCAAUUUCUUCCAGAUUAAAGUGGAUAUUCCUCCCGAGUGCCGCAUCUACCCCAUCGAGUCGGAGGACGAGGAGGAGGAGAGCAGGGCGGCCUCUCGGGGGGGCGUGGGCGCCAAAGAGAUCAUCUGCCCCUGGGAGAGCCUCACUCCACACAACGGGACGGGCUAA